AUGAAUGAAACAGAUAUUACACGACAGCAAAAAACGACCGCCUCUACUUGUAAAGUUUGUGGUGAAUCUGCUCAAUAUUCGUACUAUGGUGCAAUCGUUUGUCGUUCAUGCAAAGUUUUCUUUAGACGAAAUAUUCUGAAGAAAUCGACGCCUCUAAGAUGUGAUUACGACGGAAACUGUGAAAUCAAUAUCAAUAAUCGUCGGAUAUGUACGUAUUGUCGAUUAACAAAAUGCUUUGCCGUGGGCAUGACGAGUGAUCUGAUUCGAGGUCCUCAAACUGCAAAACAUCGAAAAGCUGAGAGCAGAAGUUCAACAGUAACAGCGUUAGCCAGAAUAAAUGAAGCUUCAUUGAUUCCUACCGUGAACCUAUUACGAGCAGAUCAAUCUACGCUAAGUGUCGAUCAAUGGAAUCAGAUAUCCAACAUAGUUCAUUGUUUUGACACUUACAGUGGUUUUGCGUUUGUUGAAAACUUUGUGAAGGAGCAGGAUACGCUACCGCUGAAGUCUCGCUUCAAAUACUCGUCAGUGAGUAACUUUUUCACGUCUGUGAUGACGAGUGUUCAACUGGUUUUCGAAAAAAACCGCGAUUUUCUCUCGUUAUCUGCACAUGAUCGAAAUACAUUACUCCAUCAUACAGUCGAAUACACCACGGGUGUCGGCGUUGCUUCUAUGCUGUGUCAAGUGCAAUUAUUCGCAAAUCCAUCCUUUUUCAACUCUGCUGAACUUAUUUUCCGACCACCAGCAGUUGCAUCGUUUGUUCGUUUAAUUGAUCAACUUGAUCCCGAUGUGUCAGUGGUGAAACUGAUGUGCGCAAUACUUUCUUUUAUGACGUCGAGAUACACUACCUACUCGUCGACAGUGACUGCUAAUUUAUCUGACGUGAUUGCAGUGAUUCGAAUUCAAGAUAUGUAUGGAGAUCUAGUCUGGCGAUAUCUUCUUUACAAAUACAACUAUCGCGAUGCCGUUCUACGCUUUUUCAAUUUGAUUAAAUGCUUUUUUCUGAUCAACGAUUCAAUUGCUGAAGCAUAUGAAACACGAAAAUAUGCAGAUAUGAUAAACUCUAUUAUUGAAUCAACAGAAGAAACAGGAACUUGUCAAAAUUAG